AUGGAGUCCACCACCGAUUCUAUCAGCGCCGACCUGGCCAACACCAUCCUUACCGACACUGACUCUACCGAUACCAACCCUACCGACAACAACCUUAUCGACGCCGAUCCUAGCACUGACCCCAGCACUACCGAUCCUAUCAACACCGACCCCAUCACCAAUACCAACUGGCCCACCCUUCUCCAGGAAGUGAAAGAUGAUCCCGACAACAAGCGUGUCCUCCGUCUCACCUGUGACAUCUGCUUUGAACUAAUGGCCACUUCUCCCGGCCAAGAUCCCGGUAACCUCUGUCAUGAAGCCUUCAUUCUUCCUUGUGGUCACAUGUUUGGUCAGAGUUGCAUUGAAGAGUGGAUUCAAUCCAAAGAGAGAAGACACUAUAAGUAUUCCUGUCCCAAAUGCAGAGCCGUGAUGAAACCUUUUGUAGAGUGUCAUCAUCCUAUCCGAGGACGUUGUAUCCCGCCCUCCCGAGACGAAUACUCCAACGUUUCGCCCAUGAUCUCGCCAGGGGGCAGACAGUUUGCGAAAUGCACCCGCUGCGUCGCGACCGGCGGGCUAGAACUGCUGAGAAAGCUUACUGGAAAGCCUCGUUGUGAGCUCGGACCUGGCCAAACUCUCAAUUUCCGACUUGUGAGUCCUGAUGCAUCGCAGCAGUUCAUCUAUCCAUACAUUAAGGGAAAGGAGUAUCGUGUCGAUCGUAACUUUGACAUUCCGCCCAAUGUGCGCAGAUGCUGGGACCGUAUCCAGAACAGGCUGGCUACUGAAGCCGGAAGGUAUUGGUUCGAGUUGGACAUUGGUCGAUGGGAGCUUGUUAUAAGUGUCAUGGACGUUCGGGACGGCGGGCAGGAGAAUGAGACUGUCGUUGAAGCAGGCGCUGCUCCUGGUGAGAAGCUUUUCAACAUCUAUGGACGAGAGUAA